AUGGUAAAAAAUCAUAACAACAAAAUAAUUAUAUAUUCUGGUCAAACAGCUGAUAAAUUCAUUAUCAUCAUAUUAAUCAUGGCCGAUUAUUGGAAAUCAUUACCGAAAAAAUAUUGUGAUUUUUGUAAAUGUUGGAUCACCGAUAAUAAAGCUAGUCGAGAUUUUCAUGAAAGAGGAUUUCGUCACCAGGCAAAUGUUCGUCGUAGAGUUCAUGAUGUAAAUCCAAAAAACACUUCCAUUCAAGAACGUGAACGGCAAAAAUAUCAAAAUGAGAUGCUCAAAAUUGAAGCUGCUGCAUUGAAAUCGUUCAAGGCGAACGACGUAUCCCGUGAUUCAUCAUUAACAUCGGAAUUCGCUACAACCAAAUCGAUAGCAUCUCAAAUUAUUCGUCCAUCCACAGAAAGACCAGAAAGUAAAGUUAUUACGACCAACAGGUUUGGUGAGGAUUUCGAUAAUGUUGAAUCGCAAACUCUGGCCAAUGGAAAACGACGUGCACUCGAAACUAUAGCCAAAUCAUUUGAAAAGAAAAGUAAAUGGCUUGAAGCUAAAACUUCCGAUGGUGAAUCUUAUUAUUGGAACAAAGAAACAAUGGAAACACGAAAAGAUCCACCAAAAUCUGGAUUUCUAAGCAUUUUGGAGCAGGAACAGUUUAAAAUGGCUGCUCAACAGGCUGGUCCAUCUACAAAGGAUGAUAAUAAUGAUGAUGAUGUCAGACCAGGAGUAUAUCGGAUUGAUCCAUACGGUGGAUGGAGAACGGUAGAUAAAUAUGAUACAUCCAAAAUGGUCGAUCUACAGUUGCCUGGACAAAAUGUAGCUCAAAUCGUAGCCGAUAUUGAACAAACCAAACAAGAAGAAGAACGUGAAUCACGCAUUGGGAAACGCCCUGCAUUUGAAUUUGAAGAACGAACUGUCGAAAGUUUGGAUACAAAAAAAUUGAAACAAUCAACAACAAAUGAUAAAACCAUAAACAUUGGUUUCAAACAAAGAAAACAAAGACCAUUACAUCGACAAAAUAUUCGUAAUCGAACCAAUCUUGAUAAUUGAAACUUAUGUUUUUCAUCCUAUUUGAAACAUGUAAAAUAUCAUUUUUUUCCAUUCCAUUUGUACAAAAUAAAAAGAAUUUUUUUUUUUUUUAAUUGU